GUGGUGUGGUAGUGCAGUGAACGCUGGAUAGCGCGGUACAUGCAAACACAAGUUCAAGAAUAAAAUCACAGGCUCUGCUACAUCAUUUCAUUUCGCCACCUUCUUCACUCUCAGUCUCUUUCUCUCGCAGACAACAAUUGAAGGAGAAAAUGGUUGACAUUGACAAUGAUUCGCUCUCGGAAUUCCUCGCAUCUGCGGUUCACGCGGCUCAGAAAGCUGGCGAGAUUAUUCGAAAAGGGUUCUACCAGACCAAACACGUGGAACACAAAGGACAGGUUGAUUUGGUCACAGAAACCGAUAAAGCAUGUGAAGAGCUCAUAUUUAAUCAUCUCAAACAGCUCUAUCCCACUCACAAGUUCAUUGGUGAAGAAACCACAGCUGCCUAUGGCACUUCCGAACUCACAGAUGAACCCACAUGGAUAGUUGAUCCCCUGGAUGGAACUACUAACUUUGUGCAUGGGUUCCCCUUCGUUUGUGUCUCCAUUGGUCUCACAAUUGGAAAAAUUCCUACAAUUGGCGUUGUAUACAAUCCAAUUAUUAAUGAGCUUUUUACUGGAAUCCGUGGAAAGGGUGCCUUUUUAAAUGGGAAUCCUAUAAAAGUAUCGUCACAAACUGAACUGAUUAGCUCUCUUCUUGCAACUGAGGUUGGAACAAAACGUGACAAAGAAACAGUAGAUGAAUCUACCAAUAGGAUUAAAAGCUUGCUUUUCAAGGUGAGAUCUCUUCGAAUGAGUGGCUCCUGCGCUCUGAAUCUAUGUGGAAUUGCAUGUGGAAGACUGGACAUAUUUUUUGAACUUGGCUUUGGUGGUCCUUGGGAUGUGGCAGGUGGUGCUGUCAUUGUUAGAGAAGCUGGAGGAGUUGUGUUUGAUCCGUCUGGUGCAGAUUUUGACAUAACAUCUCAGCGAGUAGCAGCUUCAAACCCUUUCUUAAAGGAUGCAUUUGUUGAUGCUCUGCGCCAUAUGGUGUGAGCAAAUUUACUAUUAAUCAAUGGCAAGAACUUAUCGUAUAGCCAUCUUUUCUAGUUUAUUUACCUUUUGGUCAUUUAAUGGUUAAGAUUCUACAUUUUUUGUAAAAGUGAUCUGAUAAAGUUAUCAGAAUUGUUAAGUUCUUAUAUGAAUCAAAAGUGCUCGAUGACAAAUCUUCUUUUGCAUA